AUGAUUGUGGGUCCCGUAAUCUCCUUGCUCCUGAGUUACUUUGUGCUCGUCUCUGGAGCAUCCAUUGAACCCCGAGCUGCGAAAUCCACUGAUCAACCUGUCGAUGUGCCUUACGACAUUGAUGAAUUCACGCAAGCAGCUUCGUUAGCACAGCAAGCAUAUUGUACAAAGGGGGCCCACGAUUACGGACUGAAGAUCGGGGACUCGACUCUGCUGUGGACAACUGGCGAUGGAAGCCUUAAACAACGAGUAAAUGUGCACCAUUCGGAGAGUCUCGGUAUUGUAGUUGCUUUCCAGGGCACGAACUCGAUUUCGCCGUUUUCGGACUUCCACGACAUCCAGUUCCGUCCCGUCGAUCCAGAUGCGCGCUACAAGCAAUACUAUCCCAAAGGCACCAAGGUUAUGAACGGAUUCCAAAAUGCUUACACUGAUGACGUUGACACUGUUUUCAAGCAUGUGGAAAAGUUCAAGCAAGAAAAGAAUGAGACCCGUGUCACUGUCACAGGACAUUCUCUUGGGGCAGCAAUGGGGUUGCUUGGCUCCAUGGACAUUGCUUUGCGUAUGAAUGGUGGGCUUCACAAAGCAUAUCUCUUCGGACUCCCUCGCGUUGGAAACCCAACCUUUGCAAACUUUGUUGACAAAACCAUCGGUGAUAAGCUCCAUUGGGUUGUAAAUGGCGGCGACUGGGUUCCUCUUGUGCCGCCCCGUCCGUUUGGCUAUCAGCAUCCGUCAAACUAUAUUUGGAUUUAUCCAUCUAACUCUGACAACUGGAGGCUUUACCCUGGACAAGAAAACGUUCAUGGGAUGCUCACUGUGCCACAGGACGUUGGCACUUCAGACCAUCUGGGAGUCUAUUUCCACUCAAAAAUCGGCGGUAGGAGCGGUCCUUGCCCUUCCCAACUCGGCGGUUUCUAA